AUUGACACUACAUGGAUCCACAGUAUUUGGGUUUCCAGCCAUCUGACUGCAUUCGUCUAUUGGAGGGGGUUCGGUUGAACCGCUUUACUUUUCAAAUACUGGGGACUCUCUGCACAGAGUAGAGCCAUGUCUCCUUCAGUACCCCUACAGGAGAUGAUCCGGGCCAUCAGGUCAGCCAGGACGCAGUGUGAGGAACGAGGUGUCAUCCAGAGGGAGUGUGCAGCCAUCCGGGCACAGUUCAGACAGGCAGACAAUGGGGGGCGAUCGCACAACCUGGCCAAGCUGCUCUACGUGCACAUGCUAGGCUACCCUGCUCACUUUGGUCAGAUGGAGUGUGUUCGGAUGAUAGCCAGCCCUCGAUACAGCGAGAAGCGUGUGGGAUAUCUUGGAGCCAUGAUGCUGCUGGAUGAGAAGCAGGAUGCCAGUUUGCUCAUCACCAACUCCAUCAAAAAUGACCUCUCUCACAGUAACCAGUACGUGCAGUCCCUGGCUCUGUGCACGCUGGCCUGUAUGGGUUCAGCCGAGAUGUGCAGAGAUCUGGCUCCAGAGAUCGACAGACUGCUACGAGCCUCCAACUCCUACAUCAAGAAGAAGGCUGCUCUGUGUGCUGUUCACAUUGUGAGGAAGGUCCAUGAACUCGGAGAGCUUUUUGCGCCCGCCGCUCGCUCCCUCCUCACUGAGAAGAACCACGGUGUGCUGCAUGGGGCUGUGGUGCUCAUCAUUGAGCUGUGUGAACGGAACCCAGAAACACUGGAGCGCUUCAGAAAGACGGUGCCAGAUCUGGUUCAGAUCAUGAAAGGUCUGGUGCUUUCGGGUUAUUCUCCAGAACAUGAUGUGGCAGGAAUCAGCGAUCCCUUUCUACAGGUCCGCAUCUUGAGGCUGCUGAGGAUCCUCGGUCACAACAACGAAGGAGCCAGUGACGCCAUGAACGACCUACUGGCUCAGGUGGCGACCAACACUGACAGCACUAAGACUGUGGGCAACGCUGUGCUGUAUGAAACUGUUCUCACCGUGCUGGACAUCAAGUCAGAAAGUGGCCUCCGGGUUCUGGCUGUGAACAUUCUGGGAAGAUUUCUCCUGAACAACGACAGAAACAUUCGGUACAUUGCCAUGACCUCUCUUCAAAAGAUUGUUGGGACGGACCACAAUGCAGUGCAGCGCCACCGGGGAACCAUCGUGGACUGCCUGAAGGACCAGGAUGCUUCAGUCAAGCGCCGUGCGUUGGAGCUCUCCCUGGCGCUGGUGUCGGCAACCAAUGUCCGCUCCAUGAUGAAGGAGCUGCUCAUCUUCCUCUCCUCCUGCCCCCAAGAGCUCAAGUCUCAUGCUGCCAGUGGCAUAUUCAACGCUGCAGAGAGGUAUGCCCCCUCCCAGCGCUGGCACAUUGACACCAUCCUGCAUGUCCUCACCACGGCAGGGGGGGACGUGAGAGAUGAAACUGUGCCCAACUUAAUCCAGCUCAUCACCAACGCAUCGGAGCUGCACUGCUACACCGUCCACAAGCUCUACCGGGCUCUGCUCCUCGACAUCUCCACGCAAUCCCUGGUGCAGGUGGCGUGCUGGUGUAUAGGAGAGUACGGAGACCUGCUGCUGAGAGGAGAGUGUCAGGAGACUGAGCCUGUGCAGGUCACUGAGGAUGACGUCCUGGACGCCUUGGAAACGGUUCUGCAGUCCCACAUGUCGUCCCCGGCAACCAGAGGAUUUGCUCUCACCGCCACCAUGAAACUGAGCACACGCAUCACUGAUAACGUGGAUCGCAUCCGAAGCGUGGUCAGCAUCUACGGCAGCUGUAUAGACGUGGAGCUCCAGCAGAGGGCGGUUGAAUACAACGCUCUGUUCAAAAAAUAUGACCACAUGAGGGCGGCGGUGCUGGAGAGGAUGCCUGUGAUUGAGAAGAACUCCCCGGGUCAUACCAACGGAGAGUCCAUGGGGGAGGUCAAGGAGAACCAGGCGUCCAAAAAGCCAACGGAGCCCAAGCUGCUCCCACAACCUGCUAACCAGGUGUGUGACCUGCUGGGCCUGCUGGGGGGCUCUGAGGAGACCCUGCAGCCCAGCCCCUCCACGGCCCUCGGCCUGCUCACCAACACCCCCAGCACUGCAGGGGGGAACCUGCUGGAUCUGCUGGGGGACCUAGAGCCUGAACCCCUCACACCAGCUCCCUUAGUGCCGGUGUACGAUAAAGACGGUGUGGCGCUGACACUGAGUUGUGAGAAGCAGUCAGACACCGCCAUGACGGUCACGCUAACAGCUUCCAACUCCACCGACUCAGACAUCAGCAGCUUCACCCUGCAGGCUGCAGUGCCCAAGAGUGUCAAGUUAAACAUGAAUGCUCCCAGCGGGGACUCUCUUCCUGCACGAGGUGCAGCUAAGGUGACCCAGAUGGUCGUCCUCAACUACCAAAACAAGGUGAACCUGAAGAUGAAGAUCCGCAUCUCUUACAGCAGCCGAGGGUCGACCUUUCAGGACACGGUGCAGAUCGACACCUUCCCCGGACUCUGACAGCAGCCAAUCAGGAAACAGGACUACGACAACACUCUCCGGAUGAGUCAGCAGGAACCUUACAGACGGCAGGAGUUUUUAGAAAAUGUUGCCGUCACACCCUCCACACUAAAGCUGCUGUUUCUAAGAAUUCCUGAUUUUGUUAGUGUUUUUACAGCUGAAGAAACCCUAAUAAGCCUGAACUCACCAUAUCUCCUAGAAUCCACGUGCAAAUGUGACCGAUGGCAUUAUUUAAUAUGGCACAAGCUUUAGAAUUUGCCCCUCUAAUACAAAAAUAGAAGUCGAUUUUCUUGGAUCUUUGCAAACAAAACUGUCCGGAAAAGAUUUGUCAUGUUUUUAUUUUUUAUUAUUUCACUCCAUAAAUAUGUCCGGUUCCUGUCAGUAUGCAACACUAGAUCUUCUGUCCUCACGUUUGAAGUGAUUUUUCCUAUGAAGUAUUUGCCUUUACCAUUUUAACUUUGUUGUACUAAUGACACACCACUAUCACGAUGAAACGCUCUGAUCCAGUACACUUUAUUUUACUGGGAAACGCAGGGAUAUAAAUUAGAGAUUGAAGGGUUUAGGAUCGUAAACACAACCUUAGGUGUUGCAGAUUUACCAUGCCUCAUUCAGCUCGGAAAAUCCACCUCAUUAAUUCCCCUGUGCCUUUCAUCCCCUCAACAAACGGGGUUUUUUGUUUUCAUGUACAAAGAUAAUGCAAUUAUAUUUGGUUUUUAGUGGCAAAGAAAUGGUUUUAAAUGCGAGGGUUGUAGUCCUCUUUAACAUGUUUUUAUCAUUCCAACUCGAGCAUGCUUUUCCUGACCAGUAUCUCCUCGUCUAUUGUUUACAGAGGCUCCUGAGUUAUUUUAUUUUCUGAAGACUGUGUACAGUGAUAGAAGAAUGGGCAUGAUACUGUCUACAAGAUGUAUAUUUCAGAUUUUAAGUAUAUUAGCACAAUAAGAAGAGUUUUUGGAAAAUUUUGAAUCACCUCAGUAAUUUGAUUACUCAUCUCAUAAUCAUGGAUCUCUAAUUAAAAGAAAAACACUCUGGACGUCAACAACGGUGCUUUAAAUGGAUUUCAGUGUACCUGUUUCAGAUCACUACCUUAACGUAGAAAUGUAAAGAAAGACCAGGAUGAGUAUUCUUGUUUUCGCUGGUUGUUGAAAUCUGUGUCUUGGCAUUUUCUAAUAAAAAUCUGUUUUCAGUACCGUCA